AUGGAGAACAUGCUCCACCUGACCCCGUCCCACGCGUCGUCGAUCCCGGACUCCUUCGUCCUGCCGGCCGACCACCUCCGGCCGGCGACGACCGCCGACGUUUCUGUCUCCCUGCCAGUCAUCGACAUGUCCCGCGGCCGCGACGAGGUCCGCCGUGCCAUCCUCGACGCCGCCAAGGAGCACGGCUUCUUCCAGGUGGUGAACCACGGCGUCCCCGAGCAGGUGCUGCGCGACAUGGAGGCGGUGUGCCACGACUUUUUCAAGAUGCCCGCGGAGGAAAAGGCGGAGUUCUACUCGGAGGACAAAUCCAAGCCUAACAGGCUCUUCUCCGGCUCCGUCUACGAGACCCUCGGCGAGAGGUACUGGCGCGACUGCCUCUGCCUCGUCUACCCCUUGCCCGCCGGCGACACCUCGGACUGGCCCCACAAGCCACAGAGGCUCAGAGAGUUCGUUGAGAAUUACACCGUGCUGACAAGAGGCCUGGCCAUGGAGACCCUUCGCCUGCUGUGCGAGGGCAUGGGCCUCCGGCCAGACUACUUCGUCGGCGACAUCAGCGGCGGCGUGGCCGUCGACAUCAACCACUACCCGCCGUGCCCGGAGCCGGGCAGGACGCUGGGCCUGCCGCCACACUGCGACCGGGAGCUCAUCACGGUCCUCCUCCCCGGCGCCGUCCCAGGCCUCGAGGUCGCCUACAAGGGCGACUGGAUCAAGGUCCAGCCAGUCCCCAACUCCUUCGUCGUCAACUUCGGCCUGCAGCUCGAGGUCGUGACCAACGGGACGCUCAAGAGCGUGGAGCACCGCGUGGUCACCAACUCGGCGGCGCCGCGGAUGUCGGUGGCCACGUUCGUCGCGCCGGCGGACGACUGCGUCGUCGGCCCCGCCGAGGAGUUCGUCGGCGAGGGCAACCCGCCGCGCUACCGCACCGUCAGGUUCAGGGACUUCAAGCGCAUGUAUAACGUUGUGAAUCUGGGGUCCUCGCUCAACCAGAUUACUAGCGUCAAGAACAACCGGAAGGAGAUGUGAAGCAGAAGAGCCAGGACAAGCCCACAGGUUUUGCUUUCCAAGUCUCUGAAGUGGCCACAGCAGACAGCCGACAGGUGUCAGUUACA